UACUGCUGUGCGCCCAUAAUGAAAAUUGAGAACGACAAACAUAUGUCACUGCGUUUGAUUUAAUGAUGGCAGACAGGUUGACUCAACUUCAAGAUUCCGUCAAUCAGCUUGCUGACCAUUUUUGCAAUGGUAUUGGUGUCCUUCAACAAAGUGCAACUCCUGGGUCAUUUCCAGGUUUUGAAAAGACUGGGAACAAAACACCUACAGAAUCAAGUGAUGACUAUGCUCCUCUCUUUGCCCAGUUGAUAGCAAGAACAGCCAAGGAUAUUGAUGUACUAAUUGAUUCAUUGCCAAGUGAAGAAUCCUCAACAGACUUGCAGGCAGCAUGUUUGAGACGACUAGAGGCAGAGAACAAUGACGCUGCCAGGCGACUGGAGGAGGUGGUAAAACGUGGAGAAACGGUCCUUGAACAGAUACAACAAGCUUUACAUGAGAUUGCUCUAUCUCAACUUGAGUCGCAAAGUCUGGAAUACGAAGCUGUCCUCAACAGAUGAUGAUGAUGGCCGAUUUGUUUUUUUGGGAACUUUUUUGUGGUGCUGUGUGUGUUAGAAGUGCUACUGCUACUAUAAGCUGGGUUAAUGUUCUUCUAGGCAUAUUGCAUUAAAUGGAGGGAUAAACAAUCCGAGUACAUGAUAAACUUGUAGAGGACGAUUUUAUGAUGCCAGUGCAGAAAUGUGAAGAAAGCCAUUAGAGGGAUUGUGCAAGGUCUUAAAUGAAACUGUGUUCGAGAAUUAAGGUCUGAUUCCUAUACAACGGUGUGCAACUUUCUCCAGCUUUGUGGUCCGAGUCUGUAUUUAGCAUUGGAAUAAAACCAGCACCUGUGAAAGCCGCAUGGUUUCUGACUUGCCCACUGUGAAACAUACAAAAUGUAUAUUUUUGCAUGGUGUUCAUUGGUAACAUGCCUGUAUGUUUUACAGCUACUGACUGCAGAAUCCCCAGUUAUUUAUGACAAUAAAGGCUAAUAAGAAAGAUAA